GAUGGCUACAAACAGACCUUCAACAUUCACGACCUAUCCACGAACUCCGUCAUCCUCUAUCCAACCCGGGCACACAUUACCCGGGAAAUCAAUCAUGUCACACUGAAAUCCGGCUCAAAUGAAGUGGAGAUCUAUGGAUUGUCGCCAACCGUCGAUGAGCACUCAAUUCAGGUUGAAGGCCGAAGCGAUGUGACAGUCGCCGAUAUGACAGUGCAACUCGUCCCAAACCACCUCUCUUUCGAAGACUUCUAUGAAGAAGACACGGAAUCUGAAGAAGAAGAUUUUGAAAUCGAAUAUCGCGAUAGCGAUGAUGAAGACGAGGCUGUACGGCGCAUCUCCAAGGAGCUGAAGGAUUUGAAUCUUCUAGCCGAGCAUGCUAAGGAGUCCCAAAAGGAAGCCAAUGAACGUCUCGCGAUAUGGGACAAGUAUGCAAAAUCUGCAGAUUCCGAACAUGUGAACCCGAACGACAUGACGAGACUUUCAACUACGUACAAGGAGAACAGGUCGGAAGCGUACGAUGCCUACUCAACAGCCACCCAACAAUUGACCAAGUUGAGGAAGCAAAUCAAAAGAAAAGAAUAUGAAAGAUCGAAAGCCGGAAAGGAGUCCAUGAAACAAAGAGAACGGGAGGAUCGGCAGAAAGAGAAGGAAAGAUUACGGAAGGCCAGGCAACGAGCUGAGAAAACAAAGCAAGCCCGCUAUCUCAGACAAGAGCGCCUUCGGUAUUGGCCAAAGAAGGUCUACAGAGUCACAUUGAUGCUCGAGAUCUCUUCGCUGGAUACGCCAAAUUCGUCACGACGAGGAUCUAUGGACUCACUUUCUUACGUGACAAGGGAGGCAGGAUGGAACCCGCGUUACGAUGUGCGCAUUUCAACCAUUCAAAAAACAGCAACAAUCAUCUACCGAACAGAGUUUCUGAAUCGCACAUCGGAAACGUGGAAAGAUGCCAAACUGUCUUUCUCCACGUCUCAAACUUCGUAUCAAGGUUUGAGCGACGUUGUGCCUUUCAUGCAUGCCUGGCGCAUCAAAUUGUCUCGAUAUGACAAUGGAAACGGUGGCCUACUAAGCACUGAAGAAGCUUCAAAGUCCCGUGUCCACCGAGUCGGCUUCGAUACAUUCAAUCGAUCCGAUCUCUUCGGCCUUGAUGAUGCAUUCAUUCCCGCGUGGCAAUCCAACCGACUUCUUCAGGUCCAAAAAGCAACCAAGCCAGGCGGCUUGUUUGGUACCUCUCGCGGAGGCGUUCAUAGUACUUCUGCCGGGGUCGGCCUGUUUGGCAGCACCAAUGCCAAUACUUCUUCGGGGGGUGGUAGCUUGUUCGGCAAUACAAACGCGAACGCUACUUCUACAGGUGGCCUAUUCGGAAGCGUCGGCAACGAUAACAACAGACCUGCUGGUGGCCUUUUCGGUGGCUUCGGCAGCAACAACAACAGCAACGCCGCACCACAAACUGACAACAAUGCACCUGGAGCUAUCGCUCCGCUAGAGCAACCAAGAGCAGCCGCUGCAUUCGGACCAAAACCUUCGGCCAACAACGCAGACACAGCUUUAUCAUACGCCGAAGAGGAAUCAGGGGAGAUUGCGAGUGAGCCUGCUGGAUCCGAAUAUGACGAGUCAUCAGAUAUUGAGGAGACAACUUGGGAGGACAAUGGUUUGACGGCCAGCUACGAUGUCCCUGGAACUCGCACGCUUGCGCCAUCGUCUCUCACUCGACGCCACAAGCUCGCCACUCUGAACGCAACCAACAUUCACCUUUCUCAUAUUUGUGUUCCGAAGCUUCGCUCUGCAGCUUUCUUGCGUGCGAAGAUUCGCAAUCCGUCAUCUUCGAUCACUCUGCUGAAGGGCUCGGCCGGUGUUACCCUGGAUGGGUCGUUCUUAGGAAACAUGAACAUCCCACGAGUGUCCCCGAACCAGGUCUUCGAUCUCAGUCUCGGCGUAGAUCCAGCAAUUCAUAUUAAUUAUCCGAAACCCAGCCUGCACCGUAGCACACAAGGCCUCGUGUUCAACAAGGAGAGCGCUCAGGUAUUCUCUCGAUCAGUCUGGUUAAACAACACGAAAUCGCAGCCAGUAAAUAUACUUGUCCUGGAUCAAGUCCCAGUUUCCGAGGACGAGCGAUUGAGGAUUCUCAUAACGACACCAAGAGGCCUUUCUAAGGAAGGGGAUGAGGUCAAAGCUGGCACUAGCGCCAAAGAAGGCAGUAGUGGCGCUGUAGCAGAGAAGAAGGGCGAAGCAUGGGGCAACGCGAAAGCGAAACUGAAGAAGAAUGGCGAGAUAGAUUGGACGGUCAACCUGGAAAAGGGACAAGGUUGCUUGUUGAAGCUGGAGUACGAAGCAAGAUUGCCGCCAAGCGAAAAGAUUGUU